AUGGCUAUGCCGGGCAUUUCCUCAUCGGAGUCUGUCUCGUACUCGGAUUCCUCCUCCUCCUCUUCCUCUUCGACCUCCUCUUCCUCCUCCGGCGAGAGCUCCGCCUCCUCCUGCUGCCUCUGCUGGAGGAGCUUCUCCCGGAUCCUCCGCCUCCGCUCCUCUAGGACAUCCUCCUCCUCCUCCUCUAUGUCCAUGCCAUCCAGCCGCUGGGUCUCCUCCUCCGCCGUUGACACGAUUUCCGCCUGCCGGAUCCGCCGGUGGUCCUCCCGGACCUCGUCUCGGUUCUCGGCCCUGCUCUGCGCCAGGCGGCGCAGCCUGGGGUCGUCCUUACGGACAACGCCGGCGUCGGGGCCUUCGUGUCUGGGGAAGGCCUUCUCGAGGCCCGACGUGCGGAUGUCGCCAGCUUCGUCAUUGUCGUCCGCCCACUCGGGCGCCUUUCCGGGCCACUUGUCCCUGAUUGCGAUUACCGUGUCGCUGACGCCCGCCGUCACAGACAUGGCUGCACAGAUUAACGGGAAACCCUAA